AUGGACAGUAUUGUCCCACUCAUAAAGACGCUGCCGGAUGGCUUCUGGGGUCUACAUGAGAUUCCCCACAGUCUUCCCAUCUCCUACCACACUGGCAUACACGACGCCUUGCGAUACGCCAGUCCAGUCACUACUCAACUCGAUAUAUCUCGUCUUGAGCAUUACUCGCGCUUCGUGAGAGAACUCAGCAUCACGGAAAACAACGUCAAACCUGCUACACUCGAAUAUCUGGCGCCUCAUGUUCCCAGCGACUUCUACCUCCUACCACGAGCCCGCAUCCUCAAACUACAUCCAUCUAGUAACCUCGAUGGUUUCGACAUGCUUUUCGGACCUGCGCUCGUGGAGAUCGAUAUCCAGGUCGGCCGUGGUAACUGGGAGUCGAUUGGACACAGCAUGUCCCUGCUCACGAGGAUGUGCACCGUGUGUACCAAUCUCGAAGCGCUUCACAUGGACAUGUAUCACAAUGGGUCGUCAUUUCGCGUCGGCACGUUCAUGCAGGUGGUACAAUCAAUGUACCCUCGGCUCCGCACCCUUCACCUCUCAGCCGACCAUGAUUCUGAAGGUGAUCGCUGCGACCCAGAGUUUACUUCCAAGCCCAUCAGUGACCUCCUCCGGACCACUUGUUCCCGUGCGCAAGAGUUUUCAUCAGUCAAAAUUCCAGUCCCUGCAGAUGGUAUCAUCCAACUCGCGACAAAUCCAAACCUCCGGGACGUGACGAUCUGCCUUGACGCGACAGAACUCGAACCUCGCCUCUUCAAAGGAAUUCAUCGCCCAUUCUGCGCUUUGCGCGCUAUGCGCUUCAGUGUAGAGCACCUGGAUGAACGCUCCUUGUCGUUUGUGGGCAAUGUUAGCUCACGCAUCCUGACCAGGCUCAUUAUCGAUGUCGAAGACGCAGAUGUCGAACUUGACUCAACGAUGCUUCACGCGCACAUUCUGAAGCUGCAGCAGGUUCCCUUCCGAGACACCUUGACUCUCUUUGGUCUGGAUUUCGAACACGCAGAACUCUCAAAGGCAGUGGGUUAUGAGGCGUUGGAACCGUUAUUCGACCUGCCUCAUAUAUCAAGACUGUUUCUUCGGCGCCCUUCCGACGAGCUGGUCCGGACCAUUGCUGAGAAGCAGCCGCAUAUCAAAUUGAUUGAUCAGGUCUCCUGA